AAACAAGUUAUGAUAUGCACAUUGAGGAUUUAAACUUGUUUAUAAGAUCUGAUGAGGUGGUCUAUGUUUCACUUACAUCGUACUACCCCUCUCUUUUCUUUAUAAGUUGCCUCCGUCUCUUUAUCUCUGUGUCCAUCAUCUUCUAGAGACUUCUUCUUCUCUUUCCUUCAAUUGAUGGCACUGUCUCUCCUCUCAUACGACGUCACUGACCUCUGUCUCGCCAAGCCUCCUCUCCGUUGUCUCUCAGCCUCUUCCUCCUCCGUAUCCGACGCCAUCGCCGCCCUUAAAUCCUCCGAAGGUCCUUUCCUAUCCGUCUGGAACUGCAAUCACGACCAUGAUGAUGUCGCAGACUGCGAGUGUCUGGGAAAGAUAUCAAUGGCUGACGUCAUCUGCCACUUGUCGAAAGAAGAAGUCCACACACUCUCUGCCUUAAACUCACCUGUCUCAGUUCUUCUCCCGACAAGUCGCUCCCCCGUCCUCCAUGUUCAACCCUCCUGCAGCUUGGUGGAAGCAAUUGAUCUGAUCAUCCAAGGAGCACAGAAUCUGAUUGUCCCGAUUCAGACAAAGACAAGCACCAAGAAGAGACAGCAAAACGACAACGUUUCAGCCACCACCACCACCACCCACUCGAACGGACAAAGAUUCUGCUGGAUCACACAAGAAGAUAUCGUACGAUUCCUCCUCGGGUGCAUCGCCGCCUUCUCUCAUCUACCUUCGAUGUCAAUCUCCGAUCUCGGCAUCAUCAACAGCUCACACGCGAUUCUCGCCGUCGACUACAACUCCUCAGCCACCGUCGUCGUCUCCGCCAUCUCCCGCGCUCUCGCCGACCAAACCUCCGUCGCAAUAGUCGAGGGAGAAGGAGACGAUUCGCCGAUGUACCUGAUCGGAGAAAUCUCUCCGAUGACGCUGAGCUGCUGCGACGAGACGGCCGCCGCGGCGGUGGCGACGCUCUCCGCCGGGUACCUGAUGGAGUACUUAGACGGCGUAAACCCGCCGGAGAGCCUCGUCCAGGAAGUCAGGGACCGUCUUGAGAGUAAGGGACUGAUGGGUUUGCUCUCGCUUUUGGACUCUCUCUCGCUCUCGCCGACGUCGGGAUAUUCGUCGGAUGAAGAGUCUUCUCCGGCGAGGGCGUUUGGGAGGACGAUGAGUAUGUCGACGAGAAUGGCGAGGAAGGCGGAGGCGGUAGUGUGUAACCCGAAGAGCUCGCUGAUGGCGGUGAUGAUACAGGCGAUUACUCACCGUACGAGUUACACGUGGGUGAUUGACAAGGAUGGGUGUUUUGUUGGCAUGGUUACUUUUGUUGAUAUCCUUAAAGUUUUUAGGAAAUUUUUGUAGAAUAUCUCUUUUCCUUUUUUUCUUUUUUUGUGUGUUUUUGUCGAUUGCUAAAACCCAACAAAAAAACAAUAAAAUGUGUUGUUAAGGGUUUUUUUGGGUUGUGUCUGAGUGUGUGGAUGAGCCGGUUGGAGUUUGCUAUUAAUUAAAAAGGAACCAAAUAUUUCGUUUUCUUUUCUUU